AUGAAUGAGACUUUGAAUAGUUUGAACGCUGACUUUUCUGUUCGAUUUACGCCUCUCAUUGUUAUUCUUGGAAUCGCAAUGAUGAUUGGAGUAGUCGGAAACUGUUUUGUGAUUCACAUAAAUAGGAGAAAGACCAAAUUGUCAUCCAGUGAAAUAUUCAUCAUGUGCCUAUCAAUACACGAUUUUAUCACGUGUUUUGUAGGAAUACCCGCAGAGAUAUAUGGCUUAUUGCAUUCAAUCAAUUUCACCUCGGACGUGGCAUGCAAGAUGUUGAAAGGUAUACAAGGUGUAUCAAUAAUGACGUCAUCUAUAUUAUUGUUGUCGGUUACGUAUGAUCGGUACAGGCGAAUAUGUAAGUUAGAAAGGAACAUGAACCAGAAAACGACGAAAAGUAUAUGCGUGUUGUCUAUGGUAAUAGGAAUUUUGGCAGCCAGUCCUAUAUUCGUUUUCUACGGGAAGGAGACGGUCCAUCUAAAGAAUUACAAUGAGACAGGGUCGGCAUGUUCUAUUUCUGACUUGUACAGAAAUUCCACAGCCCUCCUGGCUUACUUUGGACUUCUAGUUAUCUAUUUUGUCAGCUGUAUUGUGGUAAUAAUCUUUGCUUAUUCACGAAUAAGAUCUGGUAUCGUGACCUCCCAAGCGGCUCUUAACAAGACGCGGACAUCUUUGGACCCAAGACAGAUGAACGCCGUCAGAUACAAAGUCCAGGGUAGGCGGUCUUCUUCUGCAAUCACUAACUCUGAAGUUAAUAUCUUCAGUUUAUCUACCACGACUAACACAGAAAUUGAGAACAGGGACAGAGAAACAAUAUCUAGUACUGCAUCGACAGCCCUGGGACAGUCCAACGUCAAUAACCAAACUAGUCUUCAUCAGACAUUGCCAACGAAUGAAAGCAUGACGAUGAAAGUUCAUCGCAGGAGAACAUUGCACAGGCGUACAAGACGAAUGACCCUUGUCUUUAUGUACAUAACUAUAGGGUUUGUCCUCAGCUUUCUGCCGUACUUAAUUGCUGCAAUUCUUCUCAGUACUACUGAGCACCUUGAAGAAACACUCGGUGAAGAGAUGCACGUUUUCUUCAAGUUUUGCCUCAAGUCUUAUUUCUUAAGCAGUGUAGUUAAUCCUUUGAUAUAUGGAUUCUUUGGUUCAAGAUUUAGAAAAGAAUGUAAUCGAUGUUUUUCAAAACUUUACAAAUAGACUAUCAUUUUGAUUUCGGAUUUAUACUCAAUCUGAAAAAAAUGACCAAUCACUUCGAAUACAUUUUUAAACAUUUUGAAUUUUUUUGAAAGGGAAAAUACGUUUGAGUAAAUUGUUUUUAUAAUUAUACUUUUUUCUGAUGGUCUUUAAAACAAUGAGAAAUUGAUUGAUAUUACAAAGAAUAAGCUUUAAGUCAAGAUCUAGUAAAUGAUUCCAGAUUGUCUUUUUGGUGCUAGGAUUAUUAUGACAUUAUAAUUGAUUUGAUGAAUCUUUUUCUGUACGCUUCGGAUUCUAAUUAUGUAGAAAAUGUAACAAACUCUUUACAAAUCAAUUUAACAUGAUUUUAAAGAGGGGGUCAAACGCUUGUUAAAUGACAUUUUUGGAGGGACUAUAGGCAUUCUAGAGAUAUUAUAUUAGUCAAAAAUGAAUAAAACUCCGAGAUUUGGUAAUUAUUUCCUUCAUAUUUCAUAGAAAAUGAGAAUCUAAAACAUGAUUUUUCGAUCUUUGUGUUAACUACAUGUAAAUAUUAAGCCCAGGCUCACCCUAUCAAACAAAGAUAUUGUUAUGAAGCAUCUUUAAAAAAAAUUAUAUCUUGAAUUUCAUAAAACUGGGGGCACCUACCAUUUAAAAAAAUGACCUAAUGCAUUUUAACAGUAUACAAACUGUACUACUGUAUGGGAGCUGAGGGUUGUUGAUAAAUUAGAUCGAAUGAUUAGUGAAAUGUAGUUUUAUUUGGUUUAAUAGAAGGAUCAGAAAUUUUCAGAGAUUUUCAAAGAACGAUAUGAAAUAGUGUUUUAUCAGAUCUUUAUUCUAGAUUAUUAUUUGAAUAAACAGAGUUCAUGAAACCAAGUGUUGAUGUAAAAUACAAGUAAAAUUUAAGGGUUUAUCUAAAUGACUGGAGUUUGACUUGUGUCAAAUAGACAAAAUUGUCCUUGAGUUUGAUAUAGGAAUGUACUAAAGUUCAGAAGUGCCUGUCAACGUUAGUUAGAUAAAAGUUUUAGAAAAUUGAAAUGUUCAACAGGAAAAUGAAUCCAUAUUUCUAUCCGAAACUGACAACACUGUUCACUUUGCAUUCGUUUCCUGUUGACAACCUCUGUAUUUACGGUGAUUUUUAUACUGUGUUUUUGCUUCUGAUUCCUCAAUGAGACCUUUUUAAGAUAAAUGAUUAAAUUUUUGCGAAGUUUAUCAGUGCCCUUUUCAAAGUUUUUGUAAUCCUUUUGGAGGAUGUUCAUUCUACCGUGACUCCUAACUACCUUGACUUCAUUCAUCAACAUCUAACAUUGGGUGAUGUAACGUUCUGACGUUCAAUAAUUUACAUAUGUCAAAUAAGAAAAAGCGAAACUACGACACUACAUCACAUCAACUACCGAAUCAUUCAUCUCUUGCGCCGAAAAGUAGUACAUAGUAGUAGUAGGUGUAUAGUUUUCCACCAACGGUUUCUGGAUCCGACACAAACAUUUUUUAAACAAUGACACAUUUUUCAUAAUUAGUGUUAUAUUAUAAGACACAUUUAUUCCUCACGGGUUUCGAUUUUGUGCUGUUGGAAAGCCUGGCCAUAUUUCAGGAUGUGCCCCCCCAAAAAAACAAUCUUAAAAACACUAUUACCGAUGUCUAACUUGUUGAGGAACAGCGUGUGUGUUAUUUUUACAAAACGUAAAUUCUGUGUCAAAGUACAACUCAAUCAUUUAGGAAAACCCGAAUCUGUGGUUGUUGGAAGUUAAAAUUAUCGCUAUGUAUUCUACGAAAUAUCAGCAAAUGAAAGUACCAUACAGUUAUUAUGAACAAUGCCUAAGUUAUGUGUGUGUUAAAUAUUUAAGCAGCAAAUAUAAAACAUUAUUGAAUUUUUUGUGAUUAAAUGAAUGUACUCAAUAGUCUUAUUUUAAAGAAGAAAUGUGCA